UCGGACUAUUCGCGCGCGCUUGUUAUAUUUGUCGCGGAAACUUAUAACUACUAUAUAUUCCGUUGUCGUGGAGUGGUUAAAGUGCCAGAAAACUGUUGUUAUGUAUUUUUUCAGUUAAAAACAUAUAAUUUUUUCGAAGUUUAGUAAUUAGUUCUAAAAGUUUUUAAGUUUUACUUUGUUUUUUUUUUUUAAACUCAAUCGGUUUUGUGAAAUAAUUUGAAAUAACAAAAAAACAUUUUCAAGAAAUAAUAGCUUCGCAAGCUGGAACAGGAUGCCGUGUACUUCUCAAAUGACGUUAUAGAGGGGGCGAUGCGCCGCGCGACGCUCGCGUCACGUGCGUUGCGCGUAACAUGCGCUCGUUAAACGUAACGGCUUGUGCGGCGCUGCUUGAGGACGUAGACUGGGACGAGCCGGUCAGCGUCGCCAGCUUAGCCGUGCUAGCUCUCAUAGACGUCCUGGUCAUAGCAGGUAACUGCCUGGUGAUAGCCGCCGUUUUGUGUUCAUCCAAACUCCGAAGCGUGACCAAUCUGUUCAUAGUUUCAUUGGCAGUCGCUGACUUAUUGGUUGGAGUCGCCGUGCUACCCUUCUCAGCCACACGCGAAGUCUUCAAGGUAUGGAUCUUCGGAGACGUGUGGUGCUCUGUGUGGCUCGCAGUAGACGUCUGGAUGUGCACGGCUUCCAUAUUAAAUCUCUGCGCUAUUUCGCUGGAUCGCUACGUGGCUGUCACCAGGCCCGUCAGUUAUCCUAGCAUCAUGAGCAGGAAACGGGCGAAGGCACUCAUCGCCGGCCUUUGGGUGCUCUCAUUUGUGAUCUGUUUUCCUCCGUUAGUCGGUUGGAAAGAUAAACAGUCUGGGGAGUCGGAGCACAAAGAAGGCUGGACAGCGAAUCCUCCGUGUCCUUGGACAUGUGAGCUCACCAACGAUGCUGGUUACGUCGUGUAUUCAGCUCUAGGUUCAUUCUACAUACCAAUGUUCGUGAUGCUAUUCUUCUAUUGGAGAAUUUACAAAGCAGCAGUUAGAACCACGAAAGCUAUCAACCAGGGGUUCCGCACUACCAAAGGCAGUAGAGGUCUUGGUAGCAGAUUCGACGACAAUCGUCUCACUCUUCGUAUCCACAGGGGCAGAGGUUCUGCUCGGCCUCACGGUUCUCCUCUGUCCACUGCCUCUAAUCAUUCCACGAGCACGUCUCUAAGCGCUUCACCGGAGAGGUUGAGAAGACAUUCCAGCGCAAGACGAGCACACGAGAAGAUCAAAAUUUCCGUCUCAUAUCCUUCAUCAGAACAGAUCUGCCCAGCUCAUGAGAACUCCAGGUCUCCAAGUAGAUCACCGAGUCCAUCACUGUAUGCGGUGCAUUACGAAAGAGAUGGAAGGGAGCUAACUGAGAGCAGGUUAAGAGUUAGACCUUCACAUCACCUAUCACCCGGACCUUUAUAUGAUGACUAUGAUGAUAAACCAAGGACGAGAAGGAUGGGGAAACGAAACAUCAAAGCACAGGUCAAACGUUUCCGUAUGGAGACCAAAGCGGCCAAGACUCUCGGCAUCAUAGUUGGUGGCUUCAUAUUCUGCUGGCUGCCUUUCUUCAGCGUGUACGUGGUCCGAGCCUUCUGUGGUGACUGUGUGACCCCGAUCGUCUUCUCUGUUCUCUUCUGGCUUGGUUACUGUAACUCUGCCAUAAACCCUCUCAUUUACGCCCUAUUUUCUAAAGACUUCAGAUUCGCUUUCAAACGUAUAAUCUGCGCUUGUUUCUGCGCGGGCGGCGGUGCGCGGCGUGAGUCAGGCGCAGAUGACGUCACUCGCCGCGCUCGUAACAACACUCACGCACACACACACUCACACUCUCACUCACUCGACGAGGAAAUGCAUCCCAGCGCUACAGAGAGGUGACGUCAAGCCCUGCGACGGCAGAACGCGCAAAUCCAGACGACCGUCGCUUGUGUUUGAAAAGUUUAACAGAACCGUAGUACGAGAUAACAUCCUCGACAUUCAUACCGACAGUUACAAAGUAAAUCAUUGACAUACCCUACCGUCACCUCCAGGACUUGGAGUAGUGUAUUAAACACAAACAUUUGUAUAUAUUCAUAUGUAUAUAAAAUGUAAAUAAUUACGUAUUGUAAAGUAAUGUUUUAAAUUGAACAGAAACCAUUGUUUUAUAUUCAGCAAGUCUCUGUUUUAUAACCGAAUGUCUGUAGUCAUUUUAAUUGAAGGCUGUGCUAAUAAUUAUAUUUAAUCUAUUUAAAGAAAUAUUAUAUUUAUUUAUCCAAAAGUAGUAACCUAUUUCUAGUCAUUAAAAGACAAUUUAAAUCACUUACAUAUAAAUAAAAUUUAUGUGAAAGCCUGAUUAUAAUAUUCUUAAAAACUUUUAAAAUAUAUUUGAUUAUAUUGUAUGAUGUAAAAUCCGGGCCUACCUCACUACUACCAAAUGUAAAAUAUUGUUACUUAAAAAAAACGUAUUUUUACCUUACCUUAGGUACUUAUACCUCAGUGAAAAUUACUGCUGUGGCUGUAUGUUUUUCUCACAUUUUAAUGUUGGUGAGCCCUAUAUGCUUAUUCCUAAUUCACACCGGCACACUACACACGAAGCGUUUCCCGUUUCUCAUUCCAUAACUUACUUUAAUGCGGCAAUGUUACAUGAUUUAUGACCGAAAAACUGUUAACCAUCCGUGUGUAGUGCGACGAUAACUAAAAUGUCAUCAAUAGUAUUAAACGUCGACAUACUUAAAAACAGUUUUAUUUGACUGAAUUUUUGACUUAGUUCUAAACAAUAUGAAGCCACAAAUAACCUAAGAUUCUCAGCUAUAUAUUUUUAAUUAUUAUUUCGGUGAAGUAUUUAAGAAAGAUCACUUGCACGCUUAUACGUUUGUUCGUAACAAAAACAUUAAAGAAUUGAAUUUAUAACAUAGUACAAAUCAAAUGUUUUAGGAUCUUUGUUUAAGUUAUGUUUGCGAUCAAAGGGAAGACAUAGUUAUAUUAUUGUUUUGAAUGUUAUAUUUGUAUAGAAAAACCAUUAAGAACGAAGAUAGUUCUUGAAACUUUUAAUUCAACUUGGUUUAAAAAAUUUCGCCACUUAUAUUUUAGACAUAACAGUCUCAUCGAAAUUACUUGCUUUUAUUCCAUUUAAAUUGUAGUUAUUGUAAGUACCAAAAUUUAAUAACUGUUAAAAUAUAUUAAAAAUAUAUCGAUAAAAACAAAUGUAAUAGAAAAUUAACACAUAUUCUAUUUGUAUUUAAAAAUAAUAUGACUGAAUUAUUAAUGUAAAGGGUAGAUACUCAAGAAUUGCUUAUAAUGUAUAAUGUUAUAUACUAUAUAAGUGUAUGUUUAGUUUUAAUUGUGAAAGAUCUCAACGUUCCUCUAACUGUCUGUUGGCGUGUUCGAUGUUAAUAUAUUUGUUAUAAAUUAUAAUAUGUGUGAAAAUAUAAAUAUGUAAAAAUAUAUGAAAUUGGUAUUGU